ACUUCUGCUAAAAUUGCUAACUUUAUACAGCUCGGAGUAGUUCAUUACUCCUUUAAAUAUAUACAUUAUUAUAAAAUUCUGGUUAGUUUUUCAGAUUGUGCCUUUUUUAUACUAUCAUUAUGGGGCUGCAAAGUCAGACAUUUUCAGAUUCUGCAUAUUGUGGAUUUGAGUUGGUCCAUUGGCUCCUCAGGACAAUGUGUGGGUCUUUCAGUUUGCUCUGAUGGCUGACACUAUGGGGCAACAACAGUGGUUAGUGAUGAUGAAAAAUGAAAAUGUAAAUGUGUGAAAUCUCACGUUAUUGCUCACCAUUGAGUAAACUGCUGAGCAACCAUUUUAUUAGAGAGAAGUAAAAAAAUGAACAAAAGAACAGGAACAGCUUUGGUGGUGAGAGCCCGGAGACUCAGCCAUACGAGCAGGAUGGACCAGAAAGCUGAAACCAUGAGGUAGAAGUGGUUUAAAGCUGCAUAAAUCUGAAUAGUUGGGGUUUAAUUGAUCCUAAGCUGUUUGGCACUACAGUAAAAUGAAACAUCUGGACCAAUUUAGGUCUGGGUCCUUAACCCAAGUCUUGAUUGUGGAACUGGGAAUAUCUUGGGCCCGAAGAAAACAAGCAUGUGACCCAAGUAUGGGCUAGAUUUAUUUUGCUAUCUGGGAUACUAGUCACCAUACACUUGAUAGAGGGUCAAUUAAUGGAGCUUUAAAUUGUCAUUAAAGUAAGGCCAGGUUUGUGGACACAUUUACUAAUUUUGUUUUAAAAAAAAACAGGAUGGUCACCACCCCACAUUCUGCCAGAAAUUCAUAUUAAUGAUACAUAAAACUUGAAUCCAAAGUUGGUGCUGUCACCAUAUGAGUGUUGGCAAAAUUGUACAAGUUCAGCCAUUCAUUCAUGGUAUAUGUACCAAACAUGUGUAACCGCUGAUCCUAACUUCCUCUACAGUAGAGUUUCACUAAGCUUCACAAUAUUGAAGGAAUCACACAGUAAAAACUCUCCACAAUCUGACACAGGUUACGCAACUUUAGGUUAAAAAACACAGGUUUGACAAAGGCAGAUCGUUUGUGGUGAUAAAUCAUUAAUGUUUCACGGGAAAGAGGAAAUGCAGGCAGAGAAGUGAACCGCAGGCGCAAACUAGCCACGGCAUCGCUUUAACAACUGCCUCACCACCGCCACAGUUUGGUAUAGACUUUCAAGAUGGAUGCUUUCCCCUCGAUAGGUUUCUGUUUCUUUUUCGAAACGGACUAUACAUGCGCUGAUCGCUCAUCAGUGGAUCCACGUUGGGGAUUGACGGGCUUUGAUAAGUAAACGGAUUUAAUACCCGUGAAACGAUAAGAAUUGAUCUAAGUGGAUAUAUUUGGUCCUGCAUGUUGGGACUGUCGGCUAUUUUUUAACUUCCUGGUUGUCGCAUUAAUAUGUCUGUCGAAACUGCGGCGAAAGCUCAAGUGACUUUCAAAGGUUCAUCGGACAUAAGAUGCGUAGGACUUUAUAAAUCUGUUGUAAUGCUUCAAAUCAGAGACAGCUGUUUUCAAUGAAGGGCAAGGGGAGAGCGACAGAUUUCAUAAGAGUUCAGCAAUGGAAAGUGGAAAUGGUGGUGCCUCGAGCAAAGGUGUUUUAGUACCUGUGCCAGACACUUCUGACGUCUUUCAAAACUGUAUUUUGGCUCCACUUCAAAGUGCGUAUUUGUAUGAAGAGUCGAAGCAGUCUUUCAGAUAUAAGUCCGCUGUCUUGAUUAAGAAUCCAGUGCUGGAAGAAAAGUAUAAUGCCUUCCGAGCAAAGAGAAGAGAAGUAGGAUAUUCAGAGGAGGAUUUGAAGGAAACCUACGGGUUUUUGCUGUUCGAUGAUGUCAAUACGGCUCAUUCACUUGGAGAAACUGGUUUGCUCACAGGAAAUGGUACAUGCACAACUCUUGGAGAUCCUUGGAAGGGUGUUUACAUAUCAAUGUACUCUGACUGUUUGGAUCCAAAUCGCUGGUAUCAUGGGAAAUCUGGAUACAUUGCCAUCGUCAGAUUGACAAAGGGGAGAGUUAAAAAGGUUUUAGAGAACUACACCCAGAAUUUCACAGCACCCACUGUAGGGUUUGACUGCCAUGUGUCAGAAGACUUGUCCUCAGUAUCUGCCAAAACCAGCUCCUUUCUUGCUUUUGAGAGAACCCAGUAUUACAUGUAUGAGCUGUUAGAUGAUGGAAGCAGUGAAACAGCUCAGUCUCCCAGUGCUGCCUGUCCUUUUGCUAUUGUAUCGUUCUCAUACACGGACUCCAAAGCAACACUUGUAGCACCUCAGGAGACAAGUGAGGAGAGGAAACUGGUUUGUCAUUACUUGCCCUGGAGAGGUCAGCUUCAAGUAGGCUCCCAGUCCUAUGAUGUUGGGCUGAGGUCUACAUCAGGAGCCUUGAUUCCUGCAAAACUGCCACCAGUGGUCAAAGUUGACAGAGCUAUUUCCAUGUCAGAUCUGACGCAGCUGUUGCCAAAGGCUGCCUUUGAAACCUGCUUCUCUGGUGAAGUUUAUCUGGACGGAUCAUACUGCAGUCUCUGUGAGCUGGUUCCUUCUGAGGCGGAAGGAACUAACUCACUAUCUCUCCUUCUGCGGGAGAUCAAAGAGAAAGAUCUUGCUCUCCCUGUUCCACUGAAUGAUGGUGGUUUUCUUAUCCUGUUGCACGCCUCCCAUUUCCUUACAUAUGAUGAAACUGGGUCAAAUACAACUGAGGUCCUGCAAGGCAUGUUUGUUUUUCCAGACUCGAGGGUUAUACAGAAAGACACAAAAUCUGGAUGGAGAAAGGCAGCUGUGUCAUCUGAUAUUCUUCGAGUUCUACCAGUGCUAAGUUAUGCAGAGGGUGAAGUUGAGAAAACACCCUUCAACCCAAGUGAAGAACUGUGUGAAGUGUUGGCGCAGCAUAUGCAGAAUUAUGCAGCACUGAUAAAUCCUGGGUUGGCAUUAAGUCCCUCAAGGGAAGUCAGCAUCUUUCCAGAUCAGUACGAUGUGCCGGAUGCACACAAACACCUAUACUCAUCCCCUGAGUGGACUGACAAGGCAUGGCAGAGCUUCAGGUCAUAUGUGAGCAAACCAGUCUCCUAUCAACUGCCAGUGUCUAAGGCUUCAGAGAUCCUUGCAGCUGGACAAGAGGAGCGAAGAGAAGACCUUGAUGACGAUGUCUACAUCUGUCUGUCAUCGCCUGAGGAAGUAUUAGCUGAUCCUGUUAGCAUGGGGUCAGAAGACCGAUUGACAGAACAGGAAUCUCCUGUAAAUGUCGAGAUAUCUAUGGACAGUUGUAUAACCAGUGCUGACGCACAAGUUGACUUAACAGCUGUGCCUGAAAAUGUUGUACCGGAGGAUUUGCAAACUGGAGAUGCAACCAAAGACAAUGAAAAAUCUGACCUGACUGUACUGAUCAAAACUGAUGAUACAGGGGCAAAAACUAUUCUGACUCCCCCUUCAUCAGAUGACCUUUCAGCAGAGCUGAUUGUCAGCAUCACAUCAGAGAGAACUGUCACUGAUGAGAGUUUAAAUGUGAUCAGUACAGUGCCAGCAACAAAGCAUAAUGACUUUCAGCUCUCUGGUUUUUCUGCAGCCAAAUUGCAAACAGAAGGAGUGAACUCUAUGCAUGAUGAGACUGUCAAAAUCAAAAAUAAAGACUGCACUGAGGUCACCAAUUUCACAAAAACAAAACGAAGGAAAUUGCGUAGGGGACAUGCCAAAGGUCAGAAAAAGGCAUCUAAAGCUUAUGUUGAGACUCUCCAUUCACAGACAGUCAAAAGACCAGAGCAGGACGGCAUCUCCAUGAGUCAGAAGGAUGACCAGGCCAAGGAAUCAUUAGGCCACUCACAGCUGAACAAUCCAUUGAAUAUUGAUUGGAGAAAAUUACCAAGGCGAAAACGCAGAUUUGGACUGUCAUCUAAAAAUAAGAAAGUGAGAUCUGUGACUGUUGGCUUUGGACUAGUAGAGGAGAAAAAAUCAGACCCUGGACAGCCAAGCGUGGAGGGCACUGUUUUAAUGGAACUUGAAGUUUGUCCUCUGAGGAAGAAAACAGAACGCUGGGAUCUAAAGCCGGUUAUCAGUGAAUGUGGAAGAAUUUUGGUUCCUCAUGGCUCUGCAGUUGGUGCUCAUCAGAUUAAGUCUUUGACAGAUAAGAUUCAAAGUACAACAGAUGAACAGUACCCUGAAAAAAUGUUGGUUGAUGCCCCUGAGAAUGCUCAUGACAGAGUUGAAAUGGAGCAAGAGCCUAGAACUGCUUCAGAGACAGCAGUGGACAAAACAGAGGCCACAACAAAUACUGAUGAUGAUUCAUUGCCCUUGAAUCCACAGAAUACUGACUAUUUUUCAAAGAAUGAUGGCACGGGCACUCCUCCCUCAGAAGCAAUUAAAGAAAAGCACACUGAUAACUUGUCUCCAGGAAAGUGUGCAACAAAGGGUGAAUGUCUGUUGAGUAAACUAAAAUCUGUUCUUUCAAGGGGAAAGAGAAAAACAGAUUUCCUUAUGUCAGAGGGAACAACUGCAGAUACUGCCAAGGACGCUGAACCUUGUCUCAAGAAGGGCAGAGGUGACUCUGAUGCUGAGGCAUUGAAGAGUAAUAAUGCAAAUACAAGUGUUCAGGACACCAAUGUGGGUAUCAAAGCGGUUUCAAGAAUGCUAUCAGUUGACCCUAUUUUUGCAUUUGCUUUAGGCCUUACCCCUAAAGAAAAACCAGCUAAGGUACAGAAAAGUGAGGGUCAUGAUUCUCAGCUACGGAAAGACUCAUCAGAGACACAAGAACAAAUCAUUUUAGACAAACAACCUCAAAUCAUACAAAAGCCUCCAUCAAUUUUCCCAAGAAGGGGCAGGAUUAAAACUCUCAAAAAGCAUCAAGGAGUCUCUGCAGAACAUAUUAAAAAGAAAUGGUGGUUGCAUUUUCAAACUCCAGCUUGUUUUACCACUGAAAAACUCAAAUACAAAGAGUGUACUAGGGAUAAUUCUGUCAGGAAGACUGUUAAGGAAAAAAUGAACAGUGCUUGCUCAUCUACAGAUGCUUUGAACUUACUUGCUGACUUGGCACUCAGUGCCAGUAAUGACCAGGUUCCACAACAACCAGACCCAGCACUUGAGAGAAAACCUGAGACAAGUUUGAAGAAGUGUGGCCUUUCAAAAGAUGUUACCAGUGCUGAACAAGAGUCAGUGCUUCAUGCUCUGCUUAGACAGCCUGCUGCUAGACCCACUCAGCCUCUUGAGUCUCCUUCACCAAGCCAUCUUGCAGGAGACAGUGAAUUGGUUGGUUUGAUAUCUAAAGAACAUGCUUACUCAUUGCCCCCGUCUUCCCCUCUGCUGUUGGGUUUGCCAGGUACACCCUUCCAGGUUUCCCCUUUAAGCGGUUCUACCAGACUGCUGCACCAUCACCAGCAAUUGUAUGGCGAUGGAAUUCAAACACUACACCCUUCUGUUUGUCAGGAAGACAGAGGUAAACACAACCACAGGUCUCCAGACUACCUGAAAAAACAAAUGGUGCGCAGGCAAAGGUUCAGACACUCACGCACCUUUGUUAACAAAGAUGGAUCUAUUCAAGUCACAAGGCAAUGGAAUGAAAACUAUGACUUUAAUCGAGACAGCAAGUUUACAAGUGACUCAAAGGAUAGAGCUAUCAUACGAGCCUUGCAUGGCCCAUGGGAUUUCUCCAUUCAAGACACCACGGAAGAGGUACGGCUCAUUGUCCACAUGUGGAUAGGUCUGUUUUAUAGCCGGUCAACAGCCAGAUUCUUUCACAUAGACUUGAACUGUACAUACCCAUAUUCAGAAGGGAGUGAUCCUUUGGAACUGUCCAGUGGAAAGGUAUCAGCACCAGCUCAGACUGAGCUCAAGGCGAAUUCAUUUGGUGGUUUACCAAGUGUAGCAGACACUCAAGACCCUUCAAUUUCAAAAGCUUUGGACCUUAGCAAAAAAGAUAACUCUGUCUUGGACCAAGGAUCUGUGAUUUUGGACUUGUCACUGAGAAACUCUAGUGCAGAGGCUGUCACUUCAGAUCCACAGGCCAACAAAAAAGAGACUUCUGUGUCUGGUGAACAGAAAGAAGCAAGUGAAACAGUGAACACCAUCAAGUCAUCUGUUGAACUACAGGAGUGUAACAAAAUGAUGGUACCCUCUGCAGAGACUAUUGAUGAGGUGAAUGAUGUCAAAAGCAUCUGUGAAAAUGAGAAAACUUGUAGUCCUUCACAGAAGGCUGGUGGCGUGGAGCACACUGAUGUACCAUCUUUUAAAGGUGAUGGAUCACUCAUUCCUCCACAAGAAGAGGUGGAAAGUGUAUCCAUUCAGACAGAAAAUGUUCAGACUGCUUCAGGAAUCGGCCACAUGUCACAUGGAUGCAACAAAGAAGAGACACAUAUGAUAGAUGGCUCUGAAAAUUCAGAAACUUUAGAGAUGAAUUUGGUUCAGAAACAUGCCACAGAUUCAUCAGAAUCUGUGACAGACAAAGAGGUGGAGUACAGCAAAGAUGCAGAUGAUUUGGUUCAUACAGAGGAGCAUGAAGGAAUUAAAACCAAAGAUGGGGAAACUUGGGAAGUGAAAGAAAACCCAUGCCAAAAAGGCAACAGAGAACCUUCACCUAAAGUGAUUGAUUUACCUGAUGAUCCUACAAACACAAAACUGGGUAUUCUCUGCAAUGAUAAUUGUUUGGAGAAUGGGAACCAGUCAUCAAAUGAGGAACCUAAAGCAGUCUCAACAGGCCAGGCUGAAAAUGUUAAUAAAGAUGUGGAUUGCUGUACAGGACAUGAAGGUACCAUGACCACAGAUGAAGAUCACUUUGGAAAAGACGAUGGGCUUAAUGAGAAAGACCGCUGCGCUUUAGGUGUUGAAGCUGACAGCGAUUUGACUGAUCAGCCAUUACCAAUGAUGUGCGAUGGCCCUGAUUCAGUAAAGGAGGAAUGUAUUACAGAUUGUAGUCAUCAGGCACCAUCUGAUGAGCAACCAUCUCAAGCAGACAACAAAGAAGAUGCCUGCCAUGAUUUACAGUUGAGAAAGCCAUGUGGAAAUGGCAGUGCAUUGACAGAUGAAUGUGCUAUUUCAGAAAAAGCAACUCCAUCUGAAAUAGAGCCUGUCUGUAAUGAACCUGCAGUUGAGGAAAAUCCAGAGAAUGAUAUUUGUUUGGUGGAUAAGGCAGAUGAUCAGAAGGCAUUGUCACCUGAACCUGAUGAGAGCACCUAUUCAUUAUAUGGGGCUAUUCCUCAGACAAAGGAGACUUUGGGAACAGGAAGUGAAAACACCGGAAUGGUAGUCAGUAGUGAUCAUGAAGAUCAGGAAACCAAAUUAGUUGUGGGAGAGGAAAAGUGUGGUAACACAACUCAAGAAGAACCAUUUCAUCACCACUCUCAUUCACCUCAGUGUGAGGUAAUGAAAGAGUGUGAAGAUGAGGAGGCACUGUCUGAAGAAACAGAUAUCAAAAUGGACAAAACAAAUGAGGGACUGGAAAAUAGUCAUAGUAGAGUUGUAAUUCCAUUUAUUGGAAUGGACAUCUCUGGAGAGGAUAUAGUACAACCACUUAUCUCAUACCCACAAGACAAGACUCAAGUUGUUCAUGGUCAGAAAGGAAUACCAUUUAUUAGUGAAGCUACCUACCCUGACUUACCCUCAGAGGUAUGCAGAACAUCUGAAAUGUACAGUGACAAGGAAGAACCGUCUGCUGGCAAAAUAUCACUUCGUGAUGUAAGCGAAACUAAUCAGCCAGUAAUUUUGGGAAGUGAAUGUAAUGACAGGUGUCCUACUCCAACUGUGGAUGAGAUGCCAUAUGAGUGCACACCUAGCAGCAGUACUUCUGCUUUUACUAGUAGUGAAACAUACAAAAACUUUACUCAAAAAUGUCUUAGCAGAAGCUCAACACCUACAAAGGAUGAGGUCUCUCUCGAGCAUAAACUUUGUCUCAAGUCUACAGUUAACAGUGACCCCAAAGCUCAGUAUGGUCUUCAUCCUGAUCUGGAACUAAGAACUCUAAGAGUUCUACAAAGUAUAGACAAGUUCCUCUCCGAAUCAAACCACACUGACAAAUCCAGCCAGAUUCAAACAGCUGAUAUGACGAGCUGUCUUGAUCAAACCCAUAAACUCAGCAGCAAGUACAUCCCCACUUGCUUAGCCCCAAGCCACACUACAGCUGAUUUAAAGGACAGUAAAAUAAGCAAUUCAAAGCCAGCAGUGGUGUCAGCCUCUUCUUCACAAGAAUCAUCAGAUCACUUUCUUAUAUCACCUUUCAAAAGUAAACUAGAGGAAGUACUUGGUGUUAGGUUGCAGCUAAAGAAAACCGACUCACCACUUCCUCAACAGUAUUUUGGAAGAACAGAUAAAUUACAGGAAGCCUCUGUAGGGCAAGAUUAUUGUCAUUCCUACACAUCUAUUCCUUCCACUGAGUGUUUGCAAAGCAUUAAAACAAAUCUUGACCAAGAUAGGCCUAAAACAUCACAGUCCAAUUUAAAUCAUGAACCCCGUUCAUACAGUCAGCGUCCUGUCAUGGCUGUGAAACCCUCCAAAAGUGAUGAAGGUCAAGCAGAUUACACCUGUAAAGAUGAACAACUUGAAUACUCUCCCAAAAAGAAACAGACCAAAAGCCCUGUUUUCACGUACACCGCAUCCUCUGCCAUGCCCUUGGAGAAGAGGACAGAAAAUUUCAAGGGAAGAUCUGUACUUAAUGAUGAUAAACAAGAAUCCAGUGAGUUUUCCUCCAAAAGUAGUUGGUGGUCAAAUGUUAGUGACUCUAACACAGAUAAAGCUAAACUUGCACUUUUAGAGCCCUCAUAUCAGUACCAAGGAAAGGACAUCUCAAAAUUCAACAAGAUUUUCUCAUCAUCUCUGCCCAUGCUGUCAUUUGACUCCAGCAAAAUGUGAUAGGCACCAAGGAUCUUUGACAUGUAGUUUACUUGAGAAAGUUGGGCAAACAACUAAAGAGGGCAUGGAGAUGAAUCAGACAGACUGCUCAGAAGCAUCAACUUCAUUUGUGGAAUACAAAGAUAACAGCAUAAUAGAUGACAGUCUCAUCCUGGGACCACAAAGUUCACUCAUAUGUACAGUCUAUAACACCGGCCGGAAGAGAACAUAUUCUUUUCUGGAGCAAGUUUCUCAGAGGUGCCUACAAGAUGACCUCACUCAGGCAUCAAUGGAACAGGAGUGCCUUAUCUUCUCAGAACAAAUGAAACAGCUUUUGAAAAGGAGUAAGAGAAAACCCAUCCACCAACAGGACGCUCAUGACAAAUUUAGGUUGUCUUGCGCUAGUCCUGUGACUGUUCAUUUUUCUAGUCUGGAGGAGCAGGAAGAUUCACUGGAUCUCUUAGAUGCACCAUCACUUGUUGGACAAAAAAUCAAGGUAGACAUGUCAGACAGGAAAGACAGGGCAGAAUCCACAGAGGAAGAAAAGACUUCGCAUCCUCAAAAGUUAUCUCCAGGAACAGGCAACCUAAAAGAUCAUGUUGGAAUUUCUGGUGCAACUGCAGACUGUGCUAGGUUGUAUGCAGCAAUGAUGGAUGACAUUUGUUCUGUCAGAAAGGUCCCAUCUAGACCUAAGCACUUGAGAAUGGACAGAAGUUACAAACAGACUGAACCCAGUAAACAUUUUGACUUCUGUGAUCAAAUGAAGAGAGAGAUGGAUGAGCACUUUCGAAGUAAUCUGAACUCAGUUGUGAAGAAAUCCUGUAAAACAAAGUACAGAUUCUACAUAUUGGUGACGUCAGAUGAUGCCCUCUUUGAGGAAACCAAGGCACAGUUAGAGGCAGAGGGCCAUACUGUCAUACAGCCAUCCGAGUUCUUCCUUGGUGAGGGUAGUUCUUCAUGCCUACUCAUCAUCCUCAGGAAUGAAGACAUUGCAGAACAUAUUUGUGAGAUCCCACAUUUGCUUGAGCUGAAGAAGUCACCAGGCGUGCAGUUUGCCGGAAUUGACGAACCAGAUGAUGUGGUGAAUCUCACCCAUCAGGAGCUCUUCACGCAGGGUGGUUUUAUAAUGUUUGACAGAGCAGCAUUGGAGCCCCUCAGUCUUUGCAAUAUGAAAAAAUUCACAGAAAUCUUGCAAGAGCUAAGCAGAACGGGGAGGUGGAAAUGGAUGUUACACUACAGAGACAGCCGUCGGCUGAAAGAAAAUGCAAGGUUGAGUGCAGAGGCAAAAGAGAAGAAGCACUUCUUAAACUCUUGCCAGGACACUGGAAUACUGGAGGUCUUGCCUUACCACGAGUGUGACCUCAUGUCAAGAGAUCAGCCUGACUAUCUCACAUGUUUGGUCCGCUUGCAGGUCCAGAAUAUAUCAGCCCGUUACCCUAUUUUUAUAACUGAUACAACAACAGACAGCGCGUUUGGGAGAAAUGGAAUUUUAACAAUGACUGUGAACUCUUUCCUGACGGGUUCUCUAAGUGAGAUUUUUACAGUCUGACCAUGAAAAAGCCAGAUGGACACACAAGGUACCCAGCAACCAAAAUGUCACUGAAUGGGAGGAAAAACCAGUACCCUUACCAGCAAGGGUGGUUUCAAGCAUACUACAUUUAUUAUCAUACUUUGGUUCACCCAGUGGUUCAGCUCAUCUAUAUGCAGCAAUAAUUAUUGAUUUAUGUUUUUAACAUGUUUUUUGUUCGUGUUCAUUUGUAAGCUCACUUAUCAUUCAGUUAAUGGAUAGAGAGACAGUUAUGCCAAUAUACUGGCAGGUGUUCUGUACAUACUGUAUUCAUUUUAGUUUGUAUUUUUGUUGUAAAUUGUAAUGUAAACUUGUUAACAAGUGUGAUUUUUACAUUGUAUAUAUUUUGUCUUCUAGCUCAUGAUUCUGACUUUAUACUAUUGCAGCACAAUCAUUACUAGUGUUUGUUUGAUGAUGAUGUAUUUGUGGUCAAAAGACUGUUCACAAAGAUUAUUUUAAAAGCUUUGUUGUAGUACUUUGUCCAGGCCUUACAACAAAGCUAAAUUUGGUUGUUUUCAAGUUGUGUGUUACAUAUUUAAAGUUACUAUUAAACACUGUUACGGCUGCUGACAGUGAUUCUUAACUCUUGUUGGAGUACCAUAAUUACAUAUUAUAACUAAAUGCUAAAUAUGUUUUGUUGGCCUUAAUUCUGUACAUGACAACUGAGAAUAAAGAGAUGUCUUACGUUA